AGUCCUUAUCUUAUUCAAUGCAGUCAUCGAUCCAUUUUUAUAAAAUACUCGAUAUGCUCUAGAUAUCGUGUAAUGUGAUCUUUAGCAAAUAAGUAAUGUUAAAGUACUUUUUAGCCACAAAAUGAACGAUGUACGUGUGCAGUAACUCAACUUGAUCAACAACUUUUCAUACACAUAUGUGUAUGCAUUAUAUCAUUAUAUUUACAUUAAAGUCUUUUGCUUUAACAAUUUCAAAACAAUCACAUAAAGGUCUGCUUGUUGCAAUUAUGAUGACAGCUACUGAGCUAGUCAUUGAAAUCGUACUAAGCUCUUAAUAUUUCUUGUUUUACUUCCUCGUCACGUGAUCAUUGAGUCUGCGCUUUCACUACACCAUGCACACUUAACUCCUCCCUUACUUAAACAUCUAUAAACAAAUAGAUAUACAGCCUGUCUACAUCUGUCUUCUAAGACGAAUGUAUACUUUUUAUUUGCUUUGAUAUUUCUGUUAGGCAUACAAAUCUAUACUCAUAGAGUUAUAUAGUUUGACCAGAUUGACAACACCAUGAUGUCCAUGUCCGGAAACUCUGUGUGUCCCCACGAUGUCCUCACUGUGUUGUUCUGUCUGCUGACAGCAUCCCAGGCAUACGUUAAUGUCGCCCUCAACAAACCAGCAUACCAACAGUAUCCAAACGAAAACGACAGAUAUGACGCCAGUAACGCUGUAGACGGACGUAAAUCAGACCUGGGUCAAUAUGGAGGUCAAUGUGCUGUAUCACAGAACAGACAAACCGCCACCUGGUGGGUGAACCUGACAACCAUCCACAGCAUCCAUCACAUCACCAUCUACUUCAUGACGAACUAUAAACCAUUUGGUCCUUCUAAUGACAUCACUAAGUAUUUCCUUGGAUUCUCGGUGUACGUCUCCAAUACAACAGCCAGACUACAGGGAACACUGUGUUACAAAGACGACAACUUUACACUAGACACCAUACCUGCUGUCUUCACCACCACCUGUCCUGUACAUGGACAGUACGUCAUCUACUACAACGAGAGACUAUCAGGAGUUACCUACCCUAGAGGUUACUCUGAUCGUGUUUCCACUGACCUCUGUGAAGUGGAGGUGUUUGGAUGUCCCGCUACCGGAUAUUUUGGGUCCAACUGUUCCGUUCCCUGUUCAGACGUCAACUGUCAGUACUGUCACAUAGAGUCGGGCACCUGUCAGGGCUGUAAACCUGGAUACAAAGGUCACCGAUGUGAAAUGGUUUGUGAAGGAGGAACGUAUGGUGCUGGCUGCAAAGAAACAUGUGGAACCUGCCGUGACGUAAACCAGUGCUCUAUCAACAAUGGGACUUGCUUAACUGGGUGUGAUGCUGGUUUUAAAGGAGAUUUGUGUAAAACUGUGUGUGACAGAGGGUCGUAUGGUUACGUCUGCAAUGAAACCUGUGGACACUGUCGUGACGUAAACCGGUGUUCUAUUUUCAUAGGGACAUGUUUGACUGGAUGUGAUGCUGGUUAUCAAGGGGAUUUGUGUAAAAAAUCAUGUGACAGUGGGUCUUACGGUUACGACUGCAAUGAAAUAUGUGGACACUGUCGUGACGUUAACAAGUGUUCCAUUAUCAAUGGGACAUGUUUGACAGGAUGUGAUGUUGACUAUCAAGGGAACUUGUGUAAAACUCUUUGCCCCGUUGGAUAUUUUGGACAAGACUGUUCGGAGACAUGUAUCAACAGUUACACAUGUGAUGGCUGUAACGAUGUCAGUGGUUCAUGUGAAUAUGGCUGCCGUCCUGGCUGGAUUGGAUACUUCUGUCAAAAAAGUAUAUAUUUUUUUCAAACACAUUUUAAUUUAAUUUUGAAAUGUAAGCUUUGAAAACUGUCAAUUUUCAUCCAAACGUCCUUUAAAGAAAAGUUUGAAACAUGAUUUCGUAUAAGGGGAUAUUUAAAAAAAAAUAUUUAAUUUUUCUGACGUUUUUCUCGUGUUAAAAAUAUUUUUUUAAAUAUUGACGGGUAAAAUAAAACUGUACUAUGACUUACCUGAUUUGAGUACAUCAGACCCCAAUGAUAUGUCCAUUGGUAAGUAGUUACACAAUUUUUUCUUUUAUUUUACAAAAGAAACAACUAAAGAAACAAACAAACACAAACAUACUAACAGAUUACAAAGCACACAUUAUAUGGGGAACAUAGUUGGAAAUUGCAUGAAUAUAAAUGCACAUUAAGGCUACUCUUUUGUGAUAAUAAAUCAACGACAAUAUGGUAGAAUUGUUUCUUGGGUGUAUGAUGCAUUACGUUACUUUGAUAUAGUUUAAAGCAGCUUUUGCAAAAAUAAUUUUUAAAAAUCUGGUAAAUUAAAAUAACCACGAAUAACUUUGAUUUGUAUAUAUGCAUUACAACGCGUUGUCGCGUUAUUGUUUGGAGAAAUGUGGUAUGUAUGAAACAACGGGGAGUAAUAGAAGUGCAUGAUGGGUAAGUGUUAAAAUUUUGUCGUUAAAGUAUAUAGAGAACAUUUUUUCUGAAUAAUGCCUAUUUGGUUCAAAAGUAAUUUUAGAGCUUUUGAAUUUCAAGCCCUUGCGGUUUAAGUGUCUGUCACCAGCAAUCUGCAGUUAUUUAUUUUAAUUUAAUUUUUUUCAAAUCUACAUAAAUUAAUGCUUCUUUUGAUUG